GGCGUCCCUGCAUUCGCGUCGCGAGCCUCGCCGUGGCCACACCGUCAGACCGUCUCAGUCGCACCCCUCGCGCCGUCGGCGUCCUCAGAGUCCGCGAACCACCGCGAAGUUCAGUGUUGAGUGUUGAGAGUUCCACGGAGUCGGAUGUGCCGCCCCCGCCCCGGCCCCCGCCCGUGACGAUGCCCGAGCACCACGCGCACGCGUCCCCCGCCCCCGCGCCGCCGUCGCCGGCCCCCAAGCCCGCGGAAGCCGACACGCCUCUGGUUGCAGAGUUAGCAGGCCUUGGGAUUUUGGAGAGCGCCUUUGAGAAGCACAUCAUGGAGGAUGACAGCAAGAAGAGCGAACAGCCGCCCCUGCCGGCGGCUGAGGCACUGCGCGAGCUCGUGUCGGAAGCCGAGGAGCUGGACUUGCCCGACAUGAUGCACCAUGUCAUCAAGGAGCCAGACUUCCAGCCCAUCCCGGAAGACGCUCCGAUCACGGAGUUCGAGCCCGUGCUCAAGGCGCCGGACUUGCCCGACGUGCCGGAGGAUGAGCCCCUGGAGCUGGUGGAGCUGGUGGAGGCUGUGGAGCUGCCCGGCACGGGGACGCAGACGCCGCGGACGCUGUCGCGGUACACGUCCAGGGACUCGCUCUACGAUGACGCCAUGCCGGACUCUGUGAGCGCGGCGGCGUCCCGUCGGGGCUCCCUCACCACCCUCAACGCCGACGCGCUGGCUCACCUCACCCAGGCGCUGGAGAACGCGCCGCCGGUGCGGCCGCGACGCCUGUCCGACGGCUCGGGCGUGUCCGAGGCCGUGCGCGGCGUGCUGUCCCGCCAGCUGUCGGACACCUCGUCCGUGUUCACGCACGCCCAGAACGACGCGGAGGCCGGCAACGCGGCCAGCCCCGAGGCCCCCGAGGUGAUCGCCGUGCCCCGCAGCGGCACCGUCACGCCCAAGACCCGCAAGAUCUCCGUGGUGUCCAUGGCGUCGGGCAUGGCGCGCUCGCGGCGCGCUUCCGAGUCGUCGGCGCGCCCGGAGCCGCGGCCGCGCAUCCGCCGCUUCUCCGUCAACGUGGCCUCCAUCGGCAACCCCAAGAUGGGCGUGCGCAUGCGGCGCUACUCCGAGACCACCAACGAGCUGUACACGGACGCGCUCGCCAUGCUCAAGGCCUCCAAAAUCCCAGUGCUCAAGUUCACCAAGAAGGCCGCCGGGGGCGUGUCCAAGUGCUGCCGGCACCCCAGCCGCGACGAACUGAGGCGGGCCGAGCCCGACUCCGUCGAGAUGCUGGGCGUCCCCGCGGGCUCCGUGUCCGUGUGCAAGUGUUGCGGCUCUCGCCGCUUCUCCCCCGCGGCCUUCGGCGUCGAGGGCCCGCCCAUCCACCUCUCCUCCUCAAAGCCACCCACCUGCCUCGUGUGCAGCGCCGUCGUCUGCCAGGGCGACCUGCUGCGCGUCGUGCAGCUGGCCGGCGUCUUCCCGGACUCCAAGACGUUCGUCGACAAGAAGGUGAAGCAGUCCCCCGAGGAGACGAUCCGCCGCUUCCAGGAGCUGCUGCAACGCACGGGCGGCGCGCCCAGCCGCGACCAGGUGGUGGACUUCGUGGACCAGUCCUUCGAGGAUGGCGACGAGCUGGAGCCCUGGACGCCGCCGGACUGGACGGAGACGCCCUCCAUCCUGGGCCGCAUCGCCGACGAGGACUUCCGCGCCUGGGCCAUGGAGCUCAACGAGCUGUGGAAGAUGCUGGGCCGCAAGAUGAAGACCGACGUCCGCGACAACCCGCAGCUCUACUCGCUGAUGUACGUGCCCAACGGCUUCAUCGUGCCCGGUGGCCGCUUCCGGGAGAUCUACUACUGGGACACGUACUGGAUCGUGCAGGGCAUGCUGCUCUGCGACAUGCGCGCCAGCGUCAGGGGAGUGAUCGAGAACCUGCUGGUCCUGGUGAAGAGGCUGGGCUUCGUCCCGAACGGCAGCCGCGUGUACUACGACCAGCGCUCGCAGCCACCGCUCCUGGUGCCCAUGAUCAAGGCCUACCUGCAGCACUCCGGCGACCUGGACUUCGUGCGCGAGAACAUUGAUCUCAUCGAGAAGGAGUUCCUGUUCUGGAUCAACAACGCCACCGUUGAGGUGACGGUGAAGGGGAAGACCUACAAGCUGUCCAGGUACUUCUCGCCCUCGGACGGCCCCAGGCCCGAGUCGUACCGCGAGGACGUGCUGACGGCCAACCACCUGGCCACGGACGAGGAGAAGCAGCACCUUUACUGGGACAUCAAGUCCGCCGCCGCCACCGGCUGGGACUUCUCCAGCCGCUGGGUCAUCCACGAAGGCACAAACGGAGGCUCGCUGGGCGACAUGCACACCCGCUACAUCGUGCCCGUGGACCUGAACGCCUACAUGUACGGCAACGCCGUGGGGCUGUCGGAGAUGUUCCGGCGCCUGGGCAUGGAGGACCGUGCGGCCGAGUACCGCGCCAUCGCGGACCAGUUCCGGGAGGCGGUGACGGCCGUGCUGUGGCACCCCGACCUGGGCACCUGGCUGGACUACGACCUGCUGAACGGCACGCCGCGCCGCUACUACUACGCCUCCAACCUGACGCCCCUGUGGACGCGCUGCUACGACGAGCACCAGUCCGCCGACAUCGCCCGCGCCACCGUGCGCUACCUCUUCAACACGGGCGUCCUCAAGUACAUGGGCGGCAUGCCGACGUCGCUCAUCAUGACGGGCGAGCAGUGGGACUUCCCCAACUGCUGGUCGCCGCUGCAGGGCAUCCUGAUCCAGGGCCUGCACAACACGGGCGACCACGGCGCGCAGAGGCUGGCCCUGGAGCUGGCGCGCCGGUGGCUCGCCGCCAACUACAAGGGGUUCAUGGAGAACCACCAGAUGUACGAGAAGUACGAGGUGGAGAUCGUGGGCCGGUGCGGAGGCGGCGGCGAGUACGCGCCGCAGGCGGGCUUCGGCUGGACCAACGGCGUGUGCUUCGAGCUGCUGGACCAGUACGGCCUCAUCGCCUCCUCCAAGGACGACCCAGAGCUGCUGACGUACGAGAUCCUGAUCGAGGCCGAGGACAAGGUGCUGGAGGCGAAGAGCCCGCUCAGCCCCAGCAGGGGCGGCGUGGCCUCGUCCGUCACCUCGGACGACGACGGCGACCUGGAGGUGGACCCGGACGCCGACAACGAGUCGGACGCGGAGACGAAGGAGACGGGCAACAAGGUGGAGGAGUGAAGGACCAGGAGGUCCUCUGCGUCCGCGGACCGCGGUCCGGAGAAGAACAGGCUUUGCUUGGCCUUGCUUCGCUCCUGCGCCGCACUGCCUGCUUCUUUCUCCACAAUUUUAGAUCAAUUUUUUUAUUGCUCUUUUGUUUAAUUAAAAAAAAAGAGUUGUGCUCGUUGGACAAUACGCGCCAUGUCGCGGGGACAUUCCAUGCCCGGGAGGGGAAGGUGUUUGUGUAUAUGUGUGUGUGUUUGAGUGUGUGUGUGUUUCAGUUUGAUGAAUCUGACAAGUAAGUUUUGUAUGUGUUUGGGGGUGAGCUGUGAACCGUGGUGCUAUGGAAACAGGACGCCUCUCUUUUUCCUCCUUUUUUAAAAAAAUGUUUUAGUUUUAUUUGGCUUUUAUUUGCCAAGCUUGUCUGUAUUGAAUUGUCGCUGUGAUGCAGCAUUAUUGUGAUGGGGUGUUCCUUUGCUCAAGUGAUGCCUCCCUUCCCGAGCCGGUAGCCCACGUGGCAUUGAAUGUGAUAUAGCUGGUACUCUCCGAGUCAGGAUCAAAACCCAGACUCCAUUAAUUUUUAUUUUCUUGUUUUUUUUUCUGGUCUCUGGUUUGCGUACAAUAAUUUUAGUGCUGAAAACAAGGAAACGGUGUACAAAAGUGCCUUUUUAUUGAUCCAUCCAUAGGAAAUUCACCAUCGUACCUGCACUGUUUUACCUGACAUUUUUAUUUAUUUGCUAAGCCUAACACAUUUAUUUAUAAUGAUGUGGAGAGGGAAUGGAGUUCCUUCUCCAUUGCCAUUUCCUGGAUGCAUUUUUGGUGCAACAAAAGAAUGAUUUGUGCAGGAGACUGUCAAGUUUCAAUUGUUAGACUAAGAUGUUUAAGGGUUAUAUCCUUUCGAGUUCCUUUUUUAAAACUCAAGGUCUACUUAAUUGUGCAUGUGACUGUUCUUAUUGUCAAGUUUUGUUGUAGUGGUACAAAUUUAGUUGUCCUUCAGUGCUGCAUGACAUGCUUAUUAGAUAAUGGCCAAGUAAAUAACUUAUUAACUAAUUUAUUGGAUUGUUUUGAGAGGACUUAAAAAUGCGGCUUGAACUUUGGCACAUUUUGUUGAAAUUAUAUGGGCUUUGUAGUAGUGUGACUUUGGUUUAUAAAUUUUGUUGAAAUUUGCUAGGAGUUUCUCUUAUCUACAUAAUGCCUCAUAUUUUUAACUAUGUUUGAAUUCCAUUUGAGAAGCCUGCAAGGGUAACUUGUUCUGGUGUCCUUGCAUAGCAUGUCUGUAGAUAGUCAAUUUCUCAGUAUUUUAACUUAUUUUAUGUUAAUUUUAAACUGCUGUAUUAAUCAGGUGGAGACUAGUUCUGAUACAGGGAAAGGCAGAUUUAAGUUGCUGAAUGUGAUGUAAAAUAGUUUCUUGCUUUGAUCCUUUAGAUGUGAUUUAAUUUUUUUAAGGGGUCUGAAAUGGUGCUAAUGAACUGUGGGGUCCCCACUUAGCCCCCGUGAAAUUAGUAUUACUAUUUUUGUUUUUAUUUAAGUAUCUUUAUACAAUUAAGUCACUCUGAUGUACGGUCACACGCUUGUUCGCAGCAUCACCAUCACUCCCCUUCCUCUGUGUUGAGAUUUUAAGUGUGUUUAAUUUGGCUACCCAACAAGGGCUAGACAUUAUUAUGUAAGCUCCCGACUUGUAAUCUCACCUCCCUUAUUUUGUAACCUGUGAAAGUGACGUCUAAUAACUCACUUCACUCUGACUUUCUGCAGGCAUUUUUUUGGAAUGCCUGUCCAAUCAAUUUUAAUGUUAUGUGGGUGGUGUAUGCGGACCAGUAGGAGGGCGACAGGGUUGAGAUUUUAAAUUUCCGCUUUGCCUUUCAAUUAUUAUGUGAUCUGUAUGUACUGUGUAAAACAAUAAACAAUAUUUUACUGAC